GAGGGGAGGGAGACCGCCAGGCAGGCAGGCAGGCAGGGGAGCCUCUCCGCAGGAGGAGGAGGAGGAGGAGGCGGCGAGCAAGCGAGCCACGAUGAGCGCUCCGCGGUGGCCGUCCCCUUGCCUGGCGCCUCGGCUCGGCGCCUCUUCCUGGUGGCGGUGACCUGCCUUGCCUGCGCGCCCGCCCGCCCGCUCCAUGCAGCUCUUCUUCCAUUGCGGAAGCGUCGCGGCUCUUCUGCUCCGGGGACGCCUGGCUCUGACGACGGCAGCAGCAACGGCCGCCGGGUUCCCAGCCCGAGCGCUGCGCCUCUGCCGGCCGGCUGGGAAGUAAAUGCCGGUGGCGGCGGCGGCGGCGGCGGCGGUUCUCCUGGCCCCCCCGUGGCUACCCCCACGGGCGACAGGAGGACUAAUAUGCUCACUCGGGUAAAGUGUGCCGUGGCCAAUUUCAUGGGAGGCAUCAUGGCUGGCAACUCGGGCUCGGAGCACGGCAACGGCAUGGAUUUGCCCCUCCGCUUCCCUUACGGCCGGCCCGAGUUCCUGGGGCUCUCCCCGGACGAGGUCGAGUGCUCCGCCGACCACAUCGCCCGGCCCAUCCUCAUCCUCAACAAGGAGACGAGGCGCCUGCCUUGGACCACGGGAUAUGCCGAAGUGAUCAAUGCAGGGAAAAGUACACACAAUGAAGACCAAGCCAGUUGUGAGGUGCUUACUGUAAAGAAGAAAUCAGGGGGAAGUAAUUCCACACCAAACAAAAACUCUGCCAAACGAAGAUCUUCAUUGCCAAAUGGGGAAGGGCUGCAGCUAAAAGAGAAUUCAGACUCAGAUGGCAUCACUUUCCACUACUGGUCAUUAUUCGAUGGGCAUGCUGGAUCUGGGGCAGCCGUUGUAGCUUCAAAGCUCCUUCAGCACCAUGUUGUGGAACAGCUACAGGAGAUUGUGGAUAUCCUGAAAAACUCUGCUAUCCCUCCUCCAACCUGCCUGGGGGAGGAGCCAGAAAGCAUGAAUACCAACAGCAGAACUCUAACCAGGGCAGCCUCCUUACGUGGGAAUGCGGGAGCCCCAGGUUCACCUGGCACCCCACCAACUCGCUUCUUUACAGAGAAGAAGAUCUCUCAUGAAUGCCUCAUUAUAGGAGCUAUUGAGACAGCAUUCAGGGAAAUGGAUUUGCAGAUAGAGCGAGAAAGAACUGUGUACCAUAUCUCUGGUGGUUGUACAGCCCUCAUUGUGGUGUGUUUGCUAGGCAAGCUUUACGUGGCCAAUGCUGGUGAUAGCAGAGCCAUUAUAAUCAGAAAUGGAGAAGUCAUUCCAAUGUCUUCAGAGUUCACUCCAGAAACAGAGCGUCAGCGUCUUCAGUAUCUGGCAUAUAUGCAGCCCCACUUGCUUGGAAAUGAGUUUACACAUUUGGAGUUCCCAAGAAGAGUUCAACGCAAAGAAAUUGGAAAAAGAAUGCUUUACAGAGACUUCAACAUGACUGGAUGGGCAUACAAGACCAUUGAAGAGGAUGACUUGAAAUUUCCCCUUAUAUAUGGAGAAGGGAAGAAGGCCCGUGUCAUGGCAACAAUUGGGGUUACAAGAGGACUUGGAGAUCAUGACUUGAAGGUGCAUGACUCAAACAUCUACAUCAAGCCAUUUUUGUCCUCAUCACCGGAGGUAAGAGUAUAUGACCUUCUCCAGUAUGAGCACGGGCCAGAUGAUGUGCUGAUUUUAGCUACAGAUGGUCUCUGGGAUGUCCUAUUAAAUGAAGAAGUGGCAGAAGCUAUCACUAACUUCCUGUCAAACUGUGACCCUGGUGAUCCUCACAGGUACACCUUAGCAGCUCAGGAUUUGGUAAUGCGAGCCAGAGGAGUGCUGAAGGACAGAGGCUGGAGGAUAUCCAAUGAUAGACUCGGCUCAGGAGAUGACAUUUCUGUUUACGUCAUUCCUUUAAUACAUGGAAAUAAACUCUUGUAAAACCGGCACCAAUACUGGUAAUAGGGAAGAUGUGCUUUUUAGUAAUAGUCUUUUGAAAAGACAGGCUAUUCAGAAAUGAGAAAGGUAUCUCUAACAGAUAAAAUUGUAAAUUUGGUUGGACUCAGUUAUUUCUACUUGAAAUAUAGGGGCUGAAUUGUAUAUGAUUUAUGUUUUUGGUGCAUAUCAGGACCAGAACUUUAAUGCUGCUAGUAUAUUAGUAAUUUCUUUUUAAUGUCCCUCCUGGUGAGGAUCUUUUUGUGUUCUGAUAGAAUUUAUCUUUCCCAGUUUAAUGUAGCCUGAAAUAUUGCUUGAGAUGUGAAUUGGGAAUACUGUUCUUGAAGCUGGUAAAGUAGCCAUUAUCCAUUCAGUCUCCAAAUCAGCAGAUACUAUUAGAACAAAUAUAAUGUAUAUGGUAUUAAGAUGAAGAAAGCCUAAUACAACAUUUGUGUAAAAGCUGUUAAUGUUUCAGUGGAGAACUUCUGAAAGGUUUUAUUUAUGUACAUGAAUUCAAGCUUUUAGCUCUUUUACAAUGUUAUAAAAAUCUGGGUGUCAUAGUUCCUUUUCUAUGUUCAGGUGGCAAAGCAAACUUUUUCUCUGGAUUUGGUCCAACACCUUUGAAUAAGGUUGCCUAAGGAAAUAGAGAAAUGUUGGUUGAGAAAUGUAUUCUUGCAUUGUUUCUUGUUAAGAUUUUGUGUGUGUGUGUGGGUUAACAAUGAUGUAGCAGACUGGGAGGAUUUCCUUGAAAAUCAUUUUUUUUUGGCACCAUACAUUUUUCAUUCAUUGAAUGCUUCUGUCUCAUCUACAUAUAUCCUGUUGAAAGGAUUGUUGUUUAGGUACUGCUUUGUUUGUUAUACUUGGCAAUGUUUGUCUUCUGAAUUUAUUCUUAACUAUUACUGGGGUGUUUCAGAGCUUUUCUUCAGAAGAUAAAGUUCUUUCUGACUACAUGUUUUCUGCUUUAAUUGCUUUUACUGCUUCUGUUGAUAUUCACUGGCAGAUAGCAGUAUUUAACAUUGUAAACCCAGAUGAUAUAGAAAAGCUGUUGCAAAAAAAGAUGAGACUCAUCAGCUUGUUUAUUUUCCAGUACCUGUGUCCUCUGUCCAUUAAUAUAGCAUUAUAAUAGAUCACAGCAAACAUUCCAGUAAGAAACAGAUUCAGUUAAGGCUUUUACAUUUGCGUGUACAUACAUAAUCUCUUCUAUGGUGGGUUUUUUUGAGAGUAAUUUUCUUCUUUCCAAAUGACUCCAUUCAAUUGGGUAUAGGUGAUUAUGAGUUUGGCUCCUCAGGUAUUACUUCCUUUGUAAAGAACUACAGAAAUAAGCUAGCUGAAAAAGUGAACUGGUAAAAAUAAUGGAUAACAGAUGAAUAAUCUGAGAAUUGUUACCAUCUCAGAAAAGAAGUUGUCUAUGAUAGAGAGUAGCACAUAAUUUUCUAUUUUUACGUUUCUCCCCAUUUUAACAGAAUUAGCCUCAAAAUAAAUGAUAUACUAUAUAUUUUUACUGAAACAGGCAUUUUAUUUACUUCACCACAUUAAGCUUUGUAUGUCACCUUUGCAUUCCACUUUUUCUUUGAACAUGCUAAUACUGCAUAGAUUUCAAUCUGAAAUUGAAUACCUGUUAGCUUCUGACAUGAACUAAAUUGGUGUGCAAUAACAUAUUUCUGACAUGACAUUUCUGAAAUACAAAAUUCCAUAAAAUCAAUGGAAUUUUUACAUAAAUCAACAGUACUUCUAAAAUUUAUCUUCCAUGUAUUACUAUACUUGAUUUCAACUGUAUGUUCAGAUCAGCAUGACACUUUCUGUCAUAUUUGCCUAAAGAAGCCUUGAUCAUGUAUGUUUCAUUCAAAGUGAAAUUCUUUCAGUAUUCUUUUUCUUCACUGUUAAAUAACUGGACAUAUACGCUCUUGUACAGGACUUAAAUACAUUUCCUACUUACGGCACCAUAGUUGUAGGUAAAAUACAAUGCAGUAGAGUAGAGUAUUUUUGGUAAUAAGGUCUGCUAUUAGUUUCAUCCAGAAUAAAAGUAGUUUUGCCAGUACAGAAACACUAUUGAUUCAGUGUUUGUUUCAGUAUAUUCACAAGGUCAUACUACAUCUGAGUGUGGCCUCCAUUACAGCUCUGCAACUUAUCUGGACAUUGAAUGGCUUAGAACAACCAAUAGCAACAAUUGAAUGGCAUUGAUAUAUCACUGAGACAGAUUGUUAUCUUUAAUUUUAAGUAAGGAAAAAAAUGGCACUUGCCAGAAACAUUUAAAUGAAAUAGUGUUCUGUGUGGUGCUGUAUUGCUUCUUCCUGAUUUGUGGUACAAUUUGUAAAUGUCAUUUAAUUUACAUAAUGUGCAGUGGGAAAUAUUUCUUUAGCCUCACCAUCAAAAGUAGUCCUAGAGAUUUUAAGAAGCAGCAGAAUAGUGUCAGAGUAAAAUAAUAGUAACAAUGAUGAUUAUGACAAAAUGUUCAUUUUCAGUCAUAAGAUUGAACCUGUUUUAUAAAGCAUUAGGCCUGGUGUUUCUUGUUUGGUAUCUGGCAGCUCCAACUACCAGACCAAAUCAUCUUAUUUUUGUACAACGUAAUGACAUAUUGUUUACAGAUAACUUCUAGCAGUCACACCCCCUGCUCAGAAUUGUUAAAGAAAAUGUAGACAUUUGUAUGUAUCAAAAACUAUAUGCUUUGAAUGAAUCCAGAAAUCUAAGUUGCAUCUUAAGGUACAGACCAGAGUUCAUUUGGCUAUUACCAUUUCUCUGCAUGAAAGAGUUCAGAACUUGUUUUAGACAUUGAUACUUGAGAUGCAGCAGUGCAUUUUCCAGCUGAGCAAAUAAAAACCUAUAACUAGAAUCCAGAUAGGCAUGAAUGGCCCUUCAAAAGCCUCUUUCCAGAGCUUGCAGUCCUCUGGAAUGAAAUCCUGUAAAUUAUAAGGGGUUGUGUACCUUAUGUUCCCCAGGACCUGUAGGUUGUGAGUUCGGCAGGUCAUGGUUGGAUCUCGCAUGCUUUAUUACUAAGCUACAAGAUGAAAUUUGCCAAGCUCAGCAAACAAUUAUGCAAACUGUAAUACUACUGAAAUCAUUUUCAUUAUGACAGUUUGCUAUUGCUUUAAGUAUUGUAUAACCCAAAACACUGUGAAAAAUUAGGUUUAAGAGUAACCAGAUUACAGGUUUUUGUUGUGUUUACUUGAUAAAAGUUACUAGGUAACAAUCUAGAAUCUCCAAUACAGAUGAGAAAGAUGGUAUUUUGAACAAAUUAUUAUUGUACCACAAUAUACUUCAAUAGUAUUGAUGACCAAUUCUUAGCAUAACCUGUCUGAAGGGAAUUGGAAAAGCUCUGUCUUUCAUAGUGCCUGUUUCUACCAGUUGGAAGAAUUUUUAAGCAAAAAAUCAAUUGAAUGAGAUAAAAAGUAGAGGAAAUUCACUAUUCUUGUGGUGUAGUUAAGAUAGUCAUGUGCUAGAUGGCAGAGUAAAACUUCUCAGUGGGAUUGACCAACUCCACAUAAUCUUACAAACUGCACAUGAGAUAUUGUUUAUUUGCUUGUGUUCUUUCAUCAACCUCUGUUUCUAAAUAAAAUAAAAUAAAAUCUA